UCUGAAUCUAUAUAUGUAAAAAUUCUUAUAAAAUAAAUUAUUAUGCACAAUAUAGUAAUUUAAACUAUGAGUUUUAGUAUUUGUAUAUUAUUUUAUAUCUGAUAUGUAAAAUAAGAAACAUAUAAAACAUGAUUUGAUUUUUUUUGUUUUUGGGUUUUUGGGUUUUUGAAAUGGAAAAACAAGUUUCAGUCCGGAAGCAUAAGCUUCCAAAGUCUUGAUAAGAUGGUUUUCUUGAAGCAUUUUGGAAUCCAGAUCACGAAAGUUUCCAUAAGUUUCUCAUUUCGCUUUCGAAGUGAAGCUUUUGUGCUAUGAAGUUUUUUAUUUUUAUUUUUAAUUGAUUACAAGCGUGUAUUAUCAAUUCAGGCUUUUGUACACAAUAAUUACAGGCGUGUGUUUUCGUAAACUCCGCGGAAAGCACAUGCAUCUUCCUUCACCUAUUGCUUCUAAUCUAGCCCUUGACCGUAAGCUUUUUGUUUGUCAACUAUAAAGCUUUUAGUCUUUAAAAAUAUUUUUAAAAUGACGGAUGGAAUUUGUGUACCAAACAAGCGAAUGGGAUUCCAAGAGUUUGUUUGUUAUUGUCCCUAUAAAAAGCCAAGUGUUAAUUAAGUCAUUCUCAAAGCACAUCAACCCUCCAAAGCUCGGAACCCCUUCUUGCUCUCGUUGUCAUCAUCUAUCCAAAAUGGCUCCUUCUGUGCCCCAUUCUUCAUCAGUACCUCUUCUCACAAGUGAAGCAAAUGAAAAAUAUGCGAACGUGAACUGGGAAGAGCUUGGAUUCUCUCUGAUUCCAACAGAUUAUAUGUAUAUGUCGAAAUGCAAACAAGGAGAGAGCUUUUCAGAAGGAGAGAUUGUUCCUUAUGGGGACAUUCCAAUUAGCCCUUGUGCUGGGAUUCUCAACUAUGGCCAGGGACUAUUUGAAGGGCUCAAGGCUUACAGGACUGAAGACGGACGGAUCACACUCUUCCGGCCUGACCAAAACGCUUUUCGUAUGCAAACUGGUGCAGACAGGCUUUGUAUGACAUCUCCUUCUUCCGACCAGUUCGUCCAAGCAGUUAAGAAAACUGUGCUUGCCAACAAGAAAUGGGUUCCUCCUCCUGGUAAAGGAUCUUUGUAUAUUAGGCCUCUACUCAUAGGUACUGGUGCUGUCCUUGGAAUAGCUUCAGCACCUGAAUAUACAUUCCUCAUUUACGUAUCUCCUGUUGGAAAUUACCAUACGGCAAGCUCAGGCUUGAACCUUAUAGUCGAUCAUACGUAUCGCCGUGCCCAUACUGGUGGAACUGGCGGUGUGAAGAGCUGCACAAAUUAUUCUCCAGUUGUGAAACCUUUGUUCGAAGCAAAAUCAUCAGGUUUCUCUGAUAUCUUGUUCCUGGACGCAGCAACUGGCAGAAACAUUGAAGAGGUUUCUACAUGUAAUAUCUUUAUUACUAAGGGAAAUAUUGUCUCUACUCCACCAACUUCAGGAACCAUUUUACCAGGAAUCACAAGGAAAAGCAUAAGCGAACUAGCCAGUGAUAUCGGCUACCAGGUUCAAGAACGUGAUGUUUCAGUGGAGGAGCUAUUAGAGGCAGAAGAAGUUUUCUGCACAGGGACUGCAAUGGUCGUCAAAGCUGUUGAAACCGUGACCUUUCAUGAUAAGAAGAUAAAAUACAGGACAGGAGAAGAAGCAUUAUCUACCAAGCUUCACUUGAUGUUAACCAAUAUUCAGAUGGGCAUUGUUGAAGAUAAGAAGAGUUGGAUGGUGGAGAUCAAUGGUUGUGAUGAAUAGAUUAUCUUGCUAAAAAAAGGUGAAGACAAAGAAAAUCAAAAUUAAAGAAUAAAGAAUAAAGAAAUCAAUCAAAAACAAUGAAAAAAAUUUAAAAGGAAUAAAAUUGUAACAUUGUUGUUCGAAAAAAUAUUAGUCUCUAUAUAUAGAGUUCUUGUUUUAAGAGUUUUAAACAUUCAA